AUGGCGCACCUGCCCACAACUCCAGAGGCAGGUGAUGCCGUAUCUGAACAAACUGAAAUGGAGGCACAUUCAGAACAUAAUAUGGCGAGCACAGUCCAGUCGAUCAUCACCAUCUUUACCCAAAAGGUCCAAAAAAAUUCAAAGCACACCACCAAAGCAUUAAUAAAGCACAUCAGACAUUAGACAUUGUCGGUACACGACUCAAUAAACCGGCAGACGAGUUCGACCUGAUGGGAAAAUCGAUUGCAAUCAAAUUACGGCGAUUGCCAAGAGAAAUACGACUACUCGUAUAUUCAAAAAAAUUAACAAACGAUAUCCUAUUUCAAACGGAGUUAGGAAAAGUUAACGAACAUACCAGAAUAACUUCCGAACCCAAUCAACUCCAACCAACACCAAUUAAUAAUAGUAAUACAUUAUUCCUUCCGCCACCAAACUGUGAUCCCAUCUGGACUCAGUCUACACCAACCAACCAACCAACAACAAUUAAUAAUAGUAAUACAGCUGCUGUGUAUUACGGCUCUUAUAAUCCUUUACAAUAAUUACUAAUAUACUGUUAUGAUUAUGUUUU